GUCACGUACAACCGGGAAAUACUCUUAUCACAGGCACAUGGAGAUGCAUCAAUUUUGACAUGCCAGAAACCCUAAGAAAUAGGGUUUCUAUCUUGAAGAUACAGAGUGAAGAAAUAUGGAUUGGGACGAAACGUUUGAAAGGUGACCACCUCUUCGUUAUGAUCAUUGCACACUGAACCAGUGAUUAAUAAACAAGCGCCACCAUGUUUAACUACAGCUUCUACAGCUUUAACGACACCUUCAAAUCAGGCAACGAACAUUCAGGUUUAAGGGAAUUUGAAAGUAGUUUUUCGAUUUUCCACGGCUAUGCGAGUAUAGUUGUGUGUAUAUUUGGCGUGUGUACGAAUGUAUUCAAUAUAACCAUACUGACCAGAAGGGAUAUGAGAACACCUACAAAUAUAAUUCUAUCGUGGUUAGCAGUAGCCGACAUCAUGACAAUGUUGCCGUAUAUACCCUUUGCCAUACAUUUCUAUUGUCCUAACUCGCCACCGUUUAUUGCUCCUGAAAAGUAUUCCUAUAAAUGGAUACUAUAUAUGUUAUUCGUGAUCAACAGUGCAGCUACGACCCAUACGAUCUCUAACUGGUUAGGUGUUUCUUUGUCGUUUUUCCGCUUUCUUCAAAUGAGAUCUACGAGCCGAGGACCUUUAGCGAAAGAACGUCGAAUUACGCAAGUGAAAAUAGUUACCGUUAUCAUUUUUUUAACUUCGUGUGUGAUUCUUGUGCCCAAUUACCUUACUAAUGAAAUAGAAUCCCACCCGGGACCACGAAACACGACUAUAUAUCGAGUUAAAUCUAAUGAAACGGAUGGACUUGUGGUGAUAAAUUUUGUUAUUUACGCCGUCGUUGCGAAAGUUGUGCCAUGUUUAUUCAUGAUUGUAUUUAGUGGAUCUUUAGUGUACACAGUUAGCUAUAAAAACCGCCAUAGAAGGAAAAGACUGGCGGCGGCGGGCAAGAAAUCCAAACGGGAUACGCGACAGACGACCACCACACGAAUGCUGCUGGUUGUGAUUGUGCUGUUUCUGUUAACAGAACUACCGCAAGGAAUUAUGAUCCUAGUUAGUGCCAGUAUUCCACAUUUUUAUGAUAAUGUUUAUUCACUUUUAGGAGAUUUCAUGGACUUCAUAGCCUUACUAAACACAGCCAUUAAUUUUGUAUUGUACUGUAUUAUGAGUCAACAAUUUAGAUAUCGCUUUAUUCAGAUGUACUUGAGACGAAAGCGUCCACACCAAGUGUUAGAAGAUACAGGAAAUACAUCGGAAAGACUCUAUUUAAAAAAAUCUUUAGGAAAAAUUUCCGGCACUUACUAGUUUAAAAUUAGCACCAUUCUCUAAUAUUCUAGAAUCAGAAAACAUUCUAACAAUUGAAAGUAGAACUUUUUUAUGGUUUCGUAAAAGCUCUGUAGGGUAUCCAAUACAUCACAUUUCUCACAUUUAAUUUAUAACGGAUUCAUUUUGUAGCCUAUAUAAUAAAAAGUUUCUGGUAAAUAAUACAUGAAAAAUAACCGUGUUAUAGAUUGGCCGUUUGCCAACUCAAUCAAUACAUCGAAUGGUUCUUCGUCCGAGUGCUUCGGGUUUGGAUCCCAGUAUAGGCCGAAUAAACCGCCGGCAUGUUUUAAUCCCGAUUCUCCAUACCGGUUGCACGAACAUAACAGUAAUAUGACGAAAUAAGAUUAUUGAGAGUUAUGUUCUGUCGCUGCUACUGAUUGUAACUAUGGUCUCAACCCAGGUGUCCAACAGCAGCAAAUGGACACGAAUGAAACGGAACUUCGGAUGGCAAAGACUAAA